AAAACAUCUCAGAUUCAUGAACUCAAUCGAAAGUUGUACGAUUUUUAUUUUUUUACACAAUAUUACUAAAAAACUAAACCGGAAUUUAAAAAUUGUAUGAUUUUUUUGCACAUGUCUCGAGAAUAAUUCAUACCUACCUAGAGAUCCUAGGAGAUCUGGCGAUAUGAGAUGAACGUUCAUUUUGUUGAUCUCUCCAUGGACUAGAGCAUGAAUAAUAUAAUUUUUUCAACAUUCACUGGAACUUUGGUGAAGUUAGGCUCAGGACAAUUCGAAUUUCGAACAUUCACAAUUGGGCUCAUCCUAUUAGCUGGACAGUCAUAUUAUAUCUUGAAGGUUGGUGCUUUUGUACCUCUUCGACUACGACUAAUGCAAUUGGAAAGCAUAAAUGGGUAAUGAAAUAAAUGUACUGAUACUGACACUGACCUGACCUGAUGUGCCUAUCUCACAUUACUUCAAAAACGCUACGCUGAAAAAUUUGCAGAGAUGUGUAUCCCCAUCAUUAAUCCACGCUAACAUUACGCGAAUUCGAAUGCCAUCCAACUUGCAUUGAUUGCUGAGCUGCUCAUCAUAUAUUCAACUAUUCAAGAAUCUUGUGAUCAACCUCUAUAACAGAAAAGAUAUAUGUAAAUUAGGAAAUAACGACCAGCUUCCGCACAAAAAGAGUGAAAAUUUAGUCUUUCAGCCACCAUCAUACAUACCAUCAUCACCAUGGGAUAUUGUAUUAUUGUAUUUUGUACCUUCAUUCCUUGUUGAUCAAAAUUGAAUUAAAUGCUUAAGCGUUAAGCUUCAGCGAUUUAUAAUUAUAUAAGUAUAGAUCGCCAUCAGUUCUACAAUUCAUGCGAUUAUUCAACAUAACUACGUAAAAAUCCUUCAGAAUGGCGCUCAACAUCAUACUUGUCAGUCAAAUUUGUGGAUAUGUCAUCUCGCUGAUCCUUUCACUAUGUUUAGUAGUUCCGAUGACUCUACAUCAAGAAGAAUUCAAGGGCCAUUGCUUGUUAUUUUCUACUGGCUCUUGGCAAGAAACUGGUCAGUUUCUGGUAAACUGGGCUUCUCAAGCUUAUUGCAACUAUACGAUAUUCGUUGGAGUUUUGUUAUUCGUCAUCUCAGGCAUACAAAUCUAUAGAAUGUCAUUAUAUCUGUACAGAGGAACCGACAGUUCAUUUUUAUCAGCAUUUGUGGACGUAAUUGCUUGCGUAAUGUUAUGCUUAUUUACAUUACUAGCUUCAACUAUGAUCACCUAUGGUUUCAUGACAUGGUGUAAAAAUAUGACCGAACGUUUCCCUUCAUGUGAAAUAGCUGCUGGAAAUAGGAUCGAUGAACUCGAUGGCAUCGAUACAUCAGGUUUCUAUUUUGAAUUGGGAAUUGCUCAAUUCGGAGCUUGGGCAUCAUGGGCAUGUUGGGUCGGUUUGACUGUAUUCUCUUUACUAAAAUUAUGCGGUUAUCACCAACUGGAGAACAUGCGAGUGUCGAUGUUCAGAGAACGGCAGAAGCUCAUCAAUGAAGGAAUGUGCCCAGCUGCUGAAACCUACUCGAAUAGUGAAUGUAAGACGUCGUCAAAUGUGGUUCCAGCCAGCGGUAACAAUACAAGUAAAAAUGCUGUUUAAAAAAAAUUAAAUUACGUAAAUCUCAAACCAAAGCUGUAAACGAAGUUCAUUCUUCCGAGUUUUUUUUUCUUUUUUUACAUUUUCAUGUUUUUUAUAUCUUUGUAGUUAAAUUACCUACUACGAGUAUUGAAAAAUUUUAAUCAAUGGCACGAGAUGUUUUCUAUGACCUUUAUAUUACGUACAUUGUUGAAUUUUCAAUUUCAAGCAUAAUAUUAAGCUAGUAGUAAUAAUUUUUUAAUCGGAGGUAAUUUUAUACGAUGUUCCAAUUUGUUUUGUUUGUUAAGUUUAUCUGCGUAGUUCAUCAUAUGUAGAAUCUUCGAAUAUUUUAAUUAUUUAAUCAUGUUGAAGCUUUUAAUUGCUUCGUGCUUGUUAGUGAUAGUGUAUUUUUUUCAUAAUUCUUAUUUUCCCGGUGAAAUUUUUAAAUCUUUUCUUCAGCUGCAAUGGUUCAAUUUUAAUUUUGUAAAGCCAAGUUACCGAAUAAUGUUUAUAAUUUUUCAAUGAUUAUGAAUGUUUUUCUCCUUUUACAUGUAUACUUUUUGUACGAUAGAUAUAAAUACAUAUACGUACUUGAAUUA